AUGCCAGCCGAGGCCUCAACCACAACCAACGACUUGGUCUAUGUGACUGCAAAAGCAGCCUCUGACUUCGUUCAGCAGUUACUCGAAAAACACGGAGUUCCACCUGCCCAUGCCUCGGUUGUUGCCUCGGGCCUUGUUCAAGCAGACCUUCGUGGCGUCGAGUCCCAUGGCAUAAAUCGUAUUCCCUCGUACGUCGAGCGCAUCAGACAAGGCGUUCUCGAUCCUAAAGCAACUCCCGAGCUGAAGCAGGUGACACCAGCAGUCGCCCAGGUUGACGCCCACAAUGCAUUCGGCUUCGUCGCCGCGCACAAGGCCAUGGAGAGCGCCAUCGAGAUGGCGCGUGUCUACGGGAUAGGCAUGGUCUCGGUGAAGCACUCGAACCACUUUGGCAUGUCGGCUUGGAUUGUGCAGCAGGCCGUCGAUGCGGGCAUGAUGAGCCUCGUUUUCACCAACUCGAGCCCGGCCAUGCCGGUAUGGGGAGGGCGCGAGCAGUUGCUAGGUGUCAGUCCUAUCGCCUGCGGCGCCCCUUCGGACCCGACACCUUUCAUCCUCGAUAUGGCGCCAUCCGUUGCGGCGCGAGGCAAGAUUCACAAGGCCAAGCGCCGAGGCGAGAAGAUUCCGCUCGAUUGGGCGCUGGAUGCCCAAGGCAACAGGACGGACGACCCAGCGGCCGCGCUCGACGGCGGUGUGAUGCUGCCCAUGGGCGGGCCAAAGGGAUCAGGCUUGGCUCUGAUGAUGGACGUCUUCUCGGGCGUCUUGUCCGGUUCAGCAUACGCUGGGCACGUCGCCGGUCCAUACGACCCGUCCCGGGCAGGUGAUGUAGGUCACUUCAUCAUGACCAUAAAGCCGGAUCUAUUUAUGGGCAUGGAAGAGUUCAAGGAGAGAAUGAAAUAUCUGUAUGAAAGGGUUGUGGGUUGUGAGAAGAUGACAGGGGUUGAUCGAAUUUACUUCCCUGGCGAGAUUGAGCUACUCAGGGCGGAGGAAAGAACCAAGAGUGGAAUCCCAUACAGUCGUGGGGAGAUUGAAGCAUUGAACAGGGAAGCGGAACUAGUAGGCUCCUCGAAGAUCCAGGAGAUUAUUGCUAGAUAG